AUGGACGCUGCUACAGCCAGCGGUGGCAGCAGUGCCACCGACGUCAAUGUCAACGACAAUGUCAACGACAACGCCAACGACAACGCCAACACCGCCGUCGACAAGAUCAGGGAAAAAGACGGCGUGUCUCCGGGAGGAGGCCUCUUUGACAGCGACACCGACGUGCGUGAUGCGGAGCACGCUAUAGACACGGGCGCCGGCCGAAAGCGGCUGACGCUCACGUUCCAGGACGUGACGGUGCGCGUGCAGGCGUCGGGCGCGGUGCUGGGCGAGACGCUCUUCUCGCGCAUCGACCCGCGCGUGCUGCUGGCGAGCAUCGGCGGCGCGAAGCCGCCGCAGCGGGACAUCUUGCACGAGGUGUCGGGGCAGGUGCUGCCGGGAGAGAUGCUGCUGGUGCUGGGGCGGCCGGGCGCGGGGUGCACGUCGCUGCUGCGGGUGCUGGCCAACGACCGGGCGUCGUUUGAGUCGGGGUCGGGCACGGUCCGCGGGGCCAUCCACUACGGCAGCAUGGACCACGUGGCGGCGCGGCGGUUCCGGCAGCAGAUUACGCUCAACACGGAGGACGACAUCCACUUUCCGACGCUGUCGGUGGACCAGACGCUGACGUUUGCGCUCAAGAACAAGACGCCGCGCACGCGGCCUAUGGAUGGCCAGAAAGACAGCCCGACGGACAGCCAGACCUUCGUCGCGGCGGCGCGCAGCCGCGUGCUGGGCAGCCUGGGCAUCGCGCACACGGCGCACACCAAGGUGGGCAACGAGUUCAUCCGCGGCGUGUCGGGCGGCGAGCGCAAGCGCGUGUCGCUGGCGGAGGUGCUGGCGGCCCAGAGCCCCGUGCAGCUGUGGGACCAGCCGACGCGCGGACUCGACAGCAAGACGGCGCUCGAGUUUGUCGAGAUGCUGCGCCACGCGGCCGACACGGACCGCACGACCGUCGUCGCCACGCUGUACCAGGCGGGCAACGCCAUCUACGACGCCUUUGACAAGGUGCUGGUGCUCGCCGAGGGCUGCGUCCUGUACUACGGCCCGGCCCGGGCGGCGCGCGCCUACUUUGAGGGCCUCGGCUUUGUGUGUCCGCCGGGCGCCAACAUUGCCGACUUUCUGACGUCGGUGACGGUCGCGACUGAGCGGCAGAUUGCGCCGUCGCACGCGGGCGCCGUGCCCAGCACGCCGCAGGAGUUCGUGGCCGCGUUCCGGCAGAGCGCCGUGUGCCAGCAGAUGCGGGCGCGCGAGGUGGACCCGGCGACGCGGGUGGACGAGGUGGCGGACCUGCAGGCGGCCGUCGCGGGCGAGAAGACGGAGCGGCGGGUGUGGACGGUGGGCCCGCGCAGCGUGUACACGGCGGGCCUGCUGGACCAGAUCUGGCACUGUACGGUGCGGCAGUUCCAGAUCAUGCUGGGCGACCGGCUGUCGCUGGGCGUCAAGAUCUUCUCGGCCACGGUGCAGGCGCUCGUCUGCGGCAGCCUCUUCUACAACAUGCCGCACACGAGCCUGUCGACCUUUUUGCGGCCCGGCGUGCUCUUCUUCCCCGUGCUCUACUUCUUGCUCGAGGGCAUGUCCGAGACGACGGCCUCCUUCACGGGGCGCCCCAUCCUGAUGCGCCACAAGCGCUUCGGCUUCUACCGGCCGACGGCGUUCUGCAUCGCCAACGCGCUCACCGACAUCCCCGUCGUGCUCGUGCAGGUGUCGCUGUUCUCGCUCAUCAUCUACUUCAUGGCCGCGCUGCAGACGGACGCCGCCAAGUUCUUCACCUUUUGGGCCGUCACCGUCGCCUGCACGCUCUGCUUCCUGCAGUUGUUCCGCGCCAUCGGCGCCCUGUGCACGCGCUUCGGCCUCGCGUCGCAGAUGAUGGGCCUCUUCAGCACCGUCUUCUUCGUCUACGGCGGCUACCUGAUCCCCUACAACCGCAUGCACCCCUGGUUCCGCUGGCUCUUUUACCUGAACCCGGGCGCCUACGCGUUCGAGGCGCUCGUCGCCAACGAGUUUGACGGCCUGUCGCUCGCGUGCGUCGCGCCGAAUUACGUGCCCUACGGGCCGGGCUACGACGACAUGGGCAUCACGGCCACGCGCGGCUGCACCGUCCCCGGCAGCGACGCCGCGACGGGCCUCAUCGACGGCGUCACGUACAUCCGCGAGCACUUUAACUACUCGCCGGGCCACGUCUGGCGCGGCUUCGGCGUCGUCGUGGCCUUUUGGGUGUUCUUUAUUGCCGUCACCGCACUCGCCUUUGAGUUCCGCAGCAGCAGCGGCGGCUCGUCCGUGCUGCUCUUCAAGCGGCACUUCCGCAGCGCCGCCAAGGUGCCGGACAUGGAGGACGUGCCCGUCAGCGAGCAGGAAAAGGAGGGGGCCACGGGCGCGGCGCUGACACCGCCCGCGGAGUCACCGUCGGCCUCCGCCCCCCGCCAGUCCACGUUCUGCUGGCACGGCCUCGACUACUACGUCAAGCACCAGGGCGCCCAGCUGCAGCUGCUCGACAAGAUCUUCGGCUUCGUGCAGCCCGGCCACCUCGUCGCCCUCAUGGGCAGCUCCGGCGCCGGCAAGACCACGCUGCUCGACGUGCUCGCCCAGCGCAAGGACGCCGGCCGCAUCACCGGCUCCAUCCUCAUCGACGGCCGCCCCCAGGGCAUCUCCUUCCAGCGCCUCACCGGCUACUGCGAGCAGAUGGACGUCCACGAGGACACCGCCACCGUCCGCGAGGCCCUCGCCUUCUCCGCCCUGCUGCGCCAGCCCCAGUCCACACCCCGCCGCGAGAAGCUCGCCUACGUCGACCACAUCCUCGACCUGCUCGAGCUGCGCCCCUUUGCCGACGCCCUCAUCGGCGUCCCCGGCGCCGGCCUCUCCAUCGAGCAGCGCAAGCGCGUCACCCUCGGCGUCGAGCUCGUCGCCAAGCCCACCCUGCUCUUCCUCGACGAGCCCACGUCGGGCCUCGACGGCCAGUCCGCCUACAACAUCAUCCGCUUCCUGCGCCGCCUCGUCGACGGCGGCCAGGCCGUCCUCUGCACCAUCCACCAACCCUCCGCCGUCCUCUUCGAAGCCUUCGACUCCCUCCUCCUCCUCGCCAAAGGCGGCAAAAUGGCCUACUUCGGCCCCACCGGCGACCGCUCCCACCUCGUCCUCGACUACUUUGCCCGCAACGGCGCCCCCUGUCCCCCCGACACCAACCCGGCCGACCACAUCGUCGAAGUCAUCCAGGGCAAAGCCGGCGGCCGCACCAUUGCCGACUGGGUCGACCUCUGGGACGCGUCGCCCGAGCGCGACGCCGCCUACCAAAAGAUGCUGACUCUCGCGAGCGCCGGCGCCGACAACGGACCCCCCGCCGGCGACGACCUCGAGUACGCCUCGCCCCUCCCGUUCCAGUUCCGCAUGGUGCUGCACCGCCUCAUGGUCCAGCUCUGGCGCUCGCCCGACUACGUCUGGAACAAGAUCAACCUGCACAUCUUUGCCGCCCUCUUUGGCGGCUUCACCUUUUGGAAGAUGGGCAACACCGCCUUUGACCUGCAGCUGCGCCUCUUUGCCAUCUUCAACUUUGUCUUUGUCGCCCCCGGCUGUGUCAACCAGAUGCAGCCCUUUUUCCUGCACAACCGCGACCUCUUUGAGACGCGCGAGAAAAAGAGCAAGACCUACCACUGGCUGGCCUUUGUCGGCGCCCAGAUCGUGUCGGAGAUUCCCUACCUCAUCAUCUGCGCCACCGUCUACUUUGCCUGCUGGUACUUUACCGUUGGCUUUCCAGUCAAGGCCAGCAUCUCGGGGCACAUGUAUCUGCAGAUGAUUUUCUACGAGUUCCUCUACACCUCCAUCGGCCAGGCCAUUGCCGCCUACGCGCCCAACGACUACUUCGCCGCCAUCUCCAACCCGCUGCUCAUCGGCGCCGGCCUCAUCACCUUUUGCGGCGUCGUCGUCCCCUACGCCCAGAUGCAGCCCUUUUGGCGCUACUGGCUCUACUACCUCGACCCCUUCAACUACCUCGUCGGCGGCCUGCUCGGCACCGUCAUCUACGACGUCCCCGUCCGCUGCGCCGACCAGGAGUACACCGUCUUUGACCCGCCCGCCAACCAGACCUGCGGCGAAUACAUGGGCCCCUUUUUGCAGUACAGCUUCGGCUACGUCGCCGACCCCGACGCCACCGCCGCCUGCCAGUACUGCGCCUACUCGACCGGCGGCGACUACGCCAAGACGUUCAACCUCAACGAAAAGUACUAUGCCUGGCGCGACACCGGCAUCACCGCGCUCUUUUGCAUCUCGUCGUACCUCAUGGUCGUCGUCAUGAUGAAGCUGCGCAGCAAGAAGACGAAGAGCGCGCGGUCGGAGUAG